UGAGGUCCGGUUAGCCCUUGGAUCAGAAUCAUCAGAUCUCCUCCUCAUCUGGAAAGCGCAUGAUGCUGUGGGGUCCACUCAUCGCGACUCUACCAACCGAAUAAAACCCUAAUCCCACCCCGCAUAUCGAUCCCCAGAGAGGAGCUGCAGCGGCGCCGCGCUUUGAAACCCUCGGCAAGUAUCAGAAUCGUCGUAGUUGGUGGUGUUGGUGAAGGGAAAAGAGGCAUGGCGGCGGCGUAUGCUCCACCUCCGAUGAAGGCGGCCGGGAAGCUGGGGAUGGAGGAGUCCCAGGAGCAGCUCCACCGCAUCCGGAUCACCCUCUCCUCGAAGAACGUCAAGAAUCUCGAGAAAGUUUGUUCGGAUCUGGUGAGGGGAGCCAAGGACAAGAGGCUGAAGGUCAAGGGACCGGUGAGGAUGCCCACUAAGGUCCUGCACAUCACCACCCGCAAGUCCCCUUGUGGCGAAGGAACCAACACAUGGGAUCGGUUUGAGCUUCGCGUACACAAGAGGGUGAUUGAUCUUAUUAGCUCACCUGAAGUGGUGAAGCAGAUCACCUCAAUCACCAUUGAGCCUGGUGUGGAGGUUGAAGUGACAAUUGCUGAUCCAUGAUUCAGCCAAAACUUUGAUGCAAUUAUAUAGGUAGUUGGAGUGUUUUGUCUGCCAUCUGGAAUGAGCACAAGAAGCAUUUAGUCUAAAGAUAAUGGCACUCUUUUUCAUUAUAUCUUCCUUAGGAAAACUUGAUCCUUGUUUCUUUUUAAUAUGAGAAUUUUGCUAAAACAUCAGUUUGUGCCCGUGGAGGAAUCUGUUUUCAGUAUUUCCAUUGCAUCUUUAUCUCAUUCCUAAUGUUUGCAAUUGAUUACUGAUUCAAUUUAGUGGUGAUUGAACUGA